AUGGUGGAAAUCUCAGAUCUUACAUUACUUAAAGUUGCAAUAUAUAAUGCAUUUGUUAACUAUGGACACAUUCAUUCGCCAAAACCGAUAUGGAAAAAUCCCUGGGUCAUUGGAGGAGCAACGGCUCUUACAGGAGCACCAUUUGCAGCUACAAUUGUUGGAGCCUUAGGAUUUGGUUCUGGAAGUAUUGCAGCGGGAUCAUUUGCCGCAUGGUUUAUGUCAUUAUACGGUAGAAAUGCAUCUUCAGGAAAUGUAUGUGCAAUUCUACAAUCAAUCGGGGCAGUUGGAUUAGGUAAAGCGGGCGUGGUAACCACUGGUACUACCAGUGUAGCUAUUGGAGAGGGUCUUGGUAAAUUUUUUGGAGAUCGCACGUUAUCUGAAUCCGAGGAAAAAACUUUUGAAAGUUUUAUUAAAAUUGAAUUGAUUGAAGAUUGUUAUAGUGAAAAUUACGAGACAAUUGUUAAAAGUAGUAAAGUUGUAUUACAUCUUUAUAAGAAAGUAUUGGAAAAUGAAAAGAUAGUCGAAACUUUUUUACAAGUAAUAUUAAUAGUAACACAUUUUACAAAUUCAAAAUAUUUUGAUUUUAUGGUAGACAGUCAAGAUAUAGGAGUAGAAUCAUUGAAAGGAUGUAUUUAUCUAUUACAAAAAUUGAUUCAAACUUAUAAUGGAACGAGGGUUAGUGUAUUAUCGGAAAAUAAAGUAGCAGGAAACGUUCGUGGGUAUUCUUUGGAUCUUUCAGAUUAUGAAGUUCCACCAGAUCUUUUGCCAAUUGUCGAAGAGUGGAAACGUAAUUGUCAGGAAAAUAAUGAUAGCUCUAAACACAUUCAUAUUUCAUAUCAUCCAUAUACUAGUAUCAAUUGCUGUAUUUGUUAUUGUAUUUAUCGUGUUUAUCGUUAUUUCUUUCAAGAUCAUAAAUUUAAAGAGGAUGAACAAUUUAAUAGAUUAGGGACUGAUAAAAGAAAAUGA